CUAGGCACCCUAAGAAGAGAAGUCCGGAGAAGAGGCCACACCAAGACAACAAGUAUUUAACGCAACCUGUCAGUCGUCGCCGCCGCCGCCGUAUCACGGACGGCACGGUUACCAGUUACUACCACGUCUCUGCCUCCGCCGCUCCACAUCUUUUCUUCUUCCUCAUUCUUCUUCUUCUUCCUCCUCCUCCGUCUGGGGGUCAUCAUCAUCGCUUCAGGGUGAGAGGGCCGGCCGGCUGCUGCUGCAUACAGAUCUGAUACUCAGGAAUAAUGGAGCCCAACGCUGGCACUGCCGUCUUCCCUCUGCACCGCUGCAAAACAAUACACCUGCUGAGGCAUGCCCAAGGUGUGCACAACGUGGAAGGCGACAAGGAUCACAGUGCCUACAUGAAACCAGAGUUCUUUGAUGCUCGCAUCACUCCUUUGGGCUGGAACCAAGUCGACCGUCUACGAGAACAUGUGAAAAAAUGUGGACUUCCAGAAAAGAUUGAGCUGGUUAUUUGUUCUCCUUUGCUGAGGACUAUGCAGACUGCAGUGGGUGUUUUUGGUGGUGAAAAUCAUACUAACGGGAUAAGUGCACCUCCACUAAUGGUGGAAAAUGCUGCAGACAGUGGACGUCCGGCAAUCUCAAGUUUUAACUGCCCACCAUUUCUUGCUGUUGAGGCCUGCAGGGAGCGCUUGGGUGUCCAUCCUUGUGACAAGAGGAGGAGCAUAACAGAGUAUCGUACUCUGUUUCCUGCCAUUGAUUUUUCACUGAUAGAGAAUGAUGAAGAUGUUCUUUGGGUACCGGAUGUCAGAGAAACCUUUGAGUCUCUCGCGGAGAGGGGUAUGAAGUUUAUUGACUGGUUAUGGACAAGAGAAGAGAAAGAGAUAGCCAUAGUCACUCAUAGUGGUUUAUUAUGUCAUACCUUACGCAUGUACAGCAAAGAGUGUCAUCCUACCGUAAGGCAUGAAGUGAGCAAAUACUUUUCAAAUUGUGAGCUCCGAUCAUUGGUGCUGGUUGACAGGAGCAUGCUUGGCUCAGAUACCCCCAGUUACAAUUACCCUGGGAAGAUCCCAGCCGGACUUGAUUUGCCUAGCGAUGUCGUGGAUGAGAAGUGCCUUGAGGAGGAAGCGCAAGAGAGAACAGAGCCUGCCUGAGGCUUCUUUGGUGUUCUACCACUGAUUCCUUGAUUCUUUCGUCAACCCAUUUUGAAACUUUGCUAGUAGUAUUCACUUAAAUCUAAACACCUGCAGAUUAGACUUACCAUUUGUUACUACAUUUGUUUUCUCUGAAAUUCACAGAAAUGAAAACGGAUUAUCACCCCUCUUUCAUUUGUGGUGAUGAGAAUUUUGGUACUGUUUUCUUGGAGAUGAUGAUAGGAUUGAGAUUGAUACUACAUACCUAUGGUGCUUCAUGCAUUGCUGCUCUGUAAAGUGUUUUCUUGAUUGUACGGGGUAAUUUCAUCAUCCUAGCGCUAUUGCCUGCUGGCGUCCCUACUGUUGAGAAGCUUAUGUACCAGCCUUCAUUUUGCUGAAGAUUAUGAUGUCAUGAACGUUGCAGCA